AUGAGCCAACCAACCUUUUACUUGCUUUUCAUGGAAGUACUGAUAAACUGUAAUCAAAAGCAUACUCGAUUUCCGAUUGCAUCAACUUGCUUCGAAAUCACACAACACACUCAAUUGGUCGAAGUUUACUUUCCAUUGACCGCAGCAAAGGGAUAUGGGAUUUUCCUUACUUUGUUCCAUCGAGAUUUCAGAGAUUGUUUGGAAGUCGGUUUGAUUGCCAUCUUCCUGAUGCUUUUCACAACAUCUCGAUGUUUCCUUUUUCGAUAUCGAGCCGUUCUCCCAGAUGAGCAUUUCAUCUCACGCCAUCGUCCAGUUUGGAUGCUUUUGCUUUAUUUUGCUUUCGGCUUUCUUAUAUGUUUUGGUUCGAUGUGUGUUUAUGCGUUUAAAUGUGAGAAUCCGAUAACUUCAAGUGGAAUGGCUGAACAGUUGGCGGCUUAUCCCCAACGUUCUUAUCUGGUAUUCGACGAUGAUAUCUGCUUUCUUGAUAUCACUCAACCAAUAGCCCCUCCAUUUCUCAAUUUCCACGGUGGAGUUGGCUUCAUGGCCAUAAUUGGCGGCUUUGUGCCAAUCAUUCUUGGUGUGGCUUUUGGCAUCCUCACUCACGCUUUUACCAUCCUCAAUGGGAAUGCACAACAUAUGAGUCAAAAAACUCGGCUUGCACAGAAGAAAGUCGUUUGGCCGCAAGAGCUUUUAAAUCUUCUAAUGGCUUUCCUGGGAAUGCAUGGAACAGUCUCUUCAACUCUCAUCGCUUUACUAACAGAACCCUAUCGAAGGUACAUCAAGACGCAAAUUUUCCGAUUUCCUGGAAAUGGGGCUGUGACUUCGGUGAUUGUAACGAGUUUUACCUAUACU